CUAGCAGCCUCCGCCGCCGCGAGCAAAAGGGCCGCAUAGUAGCCUCAAGGCUUGCGCAACACGCAGACGAGUGCUGUACCAAUCGCUGACGGCCACAGCUGCAGAGCGCGGCUCAUCUGCAAAGACACAGACCCACCCCUCAGGGCAGGCGAGCAGCAAUGGACCUCUUCGGCGGCCUGCCGGAGCCCGUCAAGGGCGGCCGCGGCGGCGCGAGGGGCGGCCGCGUGCCGCAGGCCAAGGGACGCGGCAGGGGCGGCAAUUUAGAUGGACGCGGCCGGGGCGGCAAUCUCGAUGGCCGCGGUAGAGGUAGAGGCGGCAAUCUCGACGGGAGAGGUCGAGGCCAGCCCGCUGCAAAAAAAGCAGCCCCGAUGGUGCCCGCUUCAUUAACAAGAAAAGUCGUCGCACCGACUACAAAGACCGCCGCACCGAGCGGCCAGUGGACCUCAACUACGGAAACGAAGCAAGCGAGAGAUGAAGCUCUGACAAAGAAGCUGACCGAGCACAAUGAGAGCGACCCCGUUGGUUUUGCUGUGAAUGCCCAAACACCAUCACAUGUGGAGGAGCGCGUCGACGACCCUUAUGACCCGGCGGCCCCCAACGACUACGUGGAGAUCCAGAAACGCAAGGAACUGAUGCGUACGGUAGAAAGGAGAGAAAGACAACGGCAACAACAUUUAGAAAGAUUGGAGAGGGAGCAGGAACGGCUGGCGGAGGAACGACGGGACCUCGCCAAAAAAGCUAUGGAGGGCGACGCCGCGGCGCUGGCGUCCGCGGGGCGCGGCAUGGGGCGCGGUCGAGGUGGCGUCUCGAACCUGCCGGCGUGGAUGAAGGCGGCGGCGACGGAGGCGGCGGCGGCGGAGAAGCCUCCCCCGGCGCCGGCCGCGACGGCGACCAAGAAAAAGUCAAAGCCGACGCGCGUGCUGCAGCUGCGGAACUUGGGGGACGCCGACGAGGACUUCGAGCAGCUGCGGGAAGAGAUCGCUUCGGAAUGUGGCAAGUACGGUACCGUGGAUUCUUCCCAUGCGGUUGAUGCAUUAGAAGGCGAGGCGGCCGUGUAUAUCCGGUUUACGGAGCGGCGGGCGGCGGCGAAGGCUCUCGUAGAUUUGGAAGGAAGGUUUUUUGCGGGCCAGAAGAUCGCGGCGGCGUUUUUUGAUGAAUCGAAAUUUGAGAGUAGGGAGUUCGGGUAA